AUGACGGAUAUUGAAGCACAAGCUAAUCAUGAAGAGCAUGAAGAGCAUGAAGAUGAAGCAGACGCAGAAGUAGCCGCCAUCUUUAAGAAAGCUAAUCAUCCUGUUACUUUGAAGUUUGAGGAUGUGGUCUACAAGGUUUCACUGAAAAAAAGAGGCUCAUGUCAAAAGAGAAUGAAACUUGAAGAAAAAGUGAUCUUAAGAGGAAUCACAGGCAUUGUACUGCCAGGUGAGAUGCUAGCCAUGUUAGGACCUUCAGGGAGUGGCAAAACGACGCUGUUGACUGCCUUGGGAGGCAAACUCGGUGGAAAACUCAGGGGAACCAUAACCUACAAUGGCAAGCGUUUCUCUAAUGCAAUUAAGCGAAACACAGGAUUCGUUACUCAAGAUGAUGUUCUCUAUCCUCACUUGACUGUCACUGAAACAUUAGUCUUCACUGCCCUUCUUAGAUUACCUAAUAAUCUAACAAAAGAAGACAAAAUCAUGCAGGCAGAGGCUGUAAUUACUCAACUUGGAUUAACCAAGUGCAAAAAUAGCAUAAUAGGAGGAUCAUUCAUGAGAGGGGUUUCAGGAGGUGAGCGUAAAAGAGUUAGUAUAGGACAAGAAAUGCUUAUAAACCCAAGCCUUCUAUUUUUAGAUGAACCAACUUCAGGUCUUGAUUCUACAACAGCUCAAAGGAUUGUGUCCACAGUUUGGGAGCAAGCUAAAGGAGGAAGAACCAUCGUGAUGACAAUUCACCAGCCUUCAAGUAGGCUUUUUUACAUGUUUGAUAAGGUUCUAUUGUUAUCUGAUGGGAACCCUUUGUAUUUUGGGAAAGGAUCAGAAAUUAUGGAUUACUUCUCUAGCGUUGGAUAUACGCCCUCAGUUGCCAUGAACCCUUCGGAUUUCGUUUUGGAUCUUGCAAAUGGCGUAGCAUCAUACACCGAUGUUUGUGACAACCAAGCUACGGUCAAGCAGUCUCUAGUUUCUGCCUAUAAGAGCAAUCUUGCAGACAAAUUGAAGGCAGAGGUUCAUGAAAAUGACAAUCACCUUCAAGAUGGAGAAAGUGAUAAGCAGUUCGCAGGCUGGGCCACAACUUGGUGGCAACAAUUCGCAGUGUUGUUUAGAAGGGGAGUGAAAGAAAGGAGGCAUGAAUCCUUUUCUAGUCUCAAGAUUGGCCAAAUCUUAAUAGUAGCAUUACUUGCAGGUUUACUAUGGUGGCAAUCUGAUACAUCGCACUUGCAAGAUCAAAUUGGGCUUCUCUUUUUCUACUCUGGCUUCUGGGGUUUCUAUCCUCUAUUUCAAGCCAUCUUCACGUUCCCUCAAGAACGCAGAAUGCUGGCAAAAGAGAGAUCUUCAGGAAUGUAUAGGCUGUCAUCAUAUUUCAUGUCAAGAAUGGUAAGCGACCUGCCAAUGGAGCUUGUUCUUCCGACAAUUUUCGUCGCCAUAACCUACUGGAUGGCAGGCCUUAAAGGCACAGCUGAAAACUUCUUGCGAACCUUAUUCGUAGUCUUGUACAAUGUUCUAGCAGCCCAAGGUCUCGGCCUGGCUCUCGGAGCAAUGGUGAUGGACCAAAAAUCUGCAACAACACUAGCAUCAGUGAUCAUGUUAUCGUUCCUACUAGCAGGUGGGUACUACGUUCAACAUGUUCCUGUGUUCAUUGCAUGGAUUAAGUACAUCUCCAUUAGCCAGUACACGUACAAGCUCUUGCUGGGAUCUCAGUACAAGGCUACUGACAAAUACCCAUGUGGUAAUGGUGGGGGUGUUUGUUUAGUUGGGGAUUAUCCUGGAAUAAAAGUUAUAGGACUCGAUAAGCAAGUUGUCUCUGCUAUUGCUCUGGGGAUUAUGCUUGUGGGUUACAGGAUAAUUGCUUAUCUUGCUCUUAUGAGAGUUGGAGUCACUAAAAAAUAG